AUGGAGGGAGCAUCCUUUGGCGCGGGCCGUGCGGGAGCUGCCUUUGAUCCCGUGAGCUUUGCGCGGCGGCCCCAGACCCUGUUGCGGGUCGUGUCCUGGGUGUUUUCUAUUGCGGUGUUCGGGCCGAUUGUCAACGAGGGCUACGUGAACUCGGACAGCGGUCCAGAACUGCGCUGCGUCUUCAACGGAAACGCGGGAGCCUGCCGCUUCGGCGUCGUCCUAGGUCUAGGGGCCUUCAUCGCCUGCGUGGCCUUCCUGGUGCUGGACGUGCGCUUUCAGCAGAUCAGCAGCGUCCGAGACCGCCGCCGCGCAGUGCUACUGGACCUGGGCUUCUCAGGGGUCUGGUCCUUCCUGUGGUUCGUAGGCUUCUGUUUCCUCACCAAUCAGUGGCAACGAACAGCGCCAGGGCCAGGCACCGCGCAGGCUGGAGAUGCAGCGCGUGCCGCCAUCGCUUUCAGCUUCUUCUCCAUCCUCAGCUGGGUGGCGCUCACCGUGAAGGCCCUGCAGCGGUUCCGCCUAGGCACCGAUAUGUCUCUCUUUGCCACAGAUCAGCUAGGUACUGGGGCUGCUCAGGCCUACCCAGGCUACCCAGUGGGGAGUGGUGUGGAGGCUACAGAAACAUACCAGAGCCCGCCUUUCACUGAGACCCUGGACACCAGCCCAAAAGGGUACCAGGUACCUGCCUAUUAG